CAAUUCAUGGACGAGAUGAAGGAUACGGAGGGAGGUUUUCUGCGAGUUGAUGGCUGUCUCGAGUUAUACGUAACCCAACCAACGCUUGUUAAAGUAACGGAGAUUCAACCGAACACUGAUGCUUGCGCGCAGAAAUUCAUAUCCUUGCGCGCCUGCAAUGGGUGCUUCCUCCAAGCCACUGCAGCGCACGCAGUGAAGUCCAGGUAUCUGCACGCAAGUUGGAACUAAGGAACACCACUUAACCAAGAAGACCUAUCAACACCUAAAGCUUCAGUUCCUCAGUGACCAAGAUUGUCCAGGAGGACAAUAUGGAAACCAAACUAACAAAGGAGCAAGAAAGGGAGUUGUGCCGCCUACUUGGAAACGUCAAACUCCGUCUUUUUUACAAGGCUACUUUCCACGGUCACACAGCAGCUGUCUUUCACCAGCUAUGUGACCGCCGAGGUCCCACUCUAACUAUAGGAUACAACUCCUCUGGGUGCAUCUUUGGAGGGUACACUACCAAAGAUUUUGGUGUAACCGGUCAAUACGUCCAGGAUGACAAAGCUUUUCUGUUUAGCUAUAACGGGAGAAAUAUUGUUAAGUAUCCUGUCACAAACGACACAGGAGCGCUUUAUCAAGUGAACAACAUUGGCCCUUAUUUUGGAAAUGAUUUAAUUUUUUUACCAAAUAACACAAUGACUGUUCAGUCUACUCCAGGAAAAUACUACAUGUAUGAUGCAGUUGAAAUGCAUGGCAACAACCUGGUACUAACUGAAUGUGAAGUGUUUCAAGUGGCAGAAGGCAGUAAAAUCCUGGAGAAACCAUGGAGGAACAACAUUUGGAAAGCUGAGAAAAGAAAGGAGCUGAUGGAAUCCAUUAAGCAGUACAAGCCCACGAUCAGCUCAGUGUCUCGGGCCAAGGUUCUGCUCAUUGGUCCCAUUGGUGCUGGAAAGUCCAGCUUCUUCAACUCCAUCAACUCCAUCUUCAGAGGUCAUGUGACCAGCCAGGCUAUAUCAGGAAGCUCUAGCACCAGCCUCUCCACUCAGUUUCGUACCUACUCUGUGAAGGCUGGACGAGAUGGUAAACCCCUGCCGAUUGUAAUGUGCGACACCAUGGGACUGGAAGAAGCCACAGGGUCUGGAAUCGAUAUUGAUGAUGUCCUCAGCAUUCUUAGAGGUCACAUGCCUGACCGACACCAGUUCCAUCCAACAGUCCCUCUUCAACCAGAGGCCCAUGGUUACCGUCGUUCUCCUGAGCUGCAGGAUAAGAUCCACUGUGUUGCCUAUGUCAUUGAUGCCUGCAAAGUCUCCAUCUUAUCUGCCAAAAUGGAGGAGAAAUUUGCUGCCAUUCGCAGGAAGGUCAAUCUGCUAGGCAUCCCUCAGCUGGUUCUGAUGACUAAAGUGGAUGAGGCCUGUCCCGAUGUGGCAGAUGACCUCAAGGAUAUCUACAUCAGCCAGUACAUUAGGACAAAGGCCCAGGAAGUCAGUGGCCGUCUCAGUGUUCCCCUAUCCUGUGUGCUUCCUGUGAAGAACUACAGCGAGGAGCUGGAGCUGGACCUGAGCACUGACAUCCUGCUCCUCACUGCUCUGGUCCAGAUGCUGCGCUGCACUGACAACUACUUUGAUGACAUCAGCGAUGUGCAAGACUAGAUGGGUGCAUCUCAGUUGUCAGGAGUGGCUACCUUUCCUCCCUCCCCCCACCCCCACACACACACUAGCACACACUCCAAACCCAUGUUAUAUGGAGACUGGAAACAUACUGUUUUCAUGGAUUCCCUUUUGUUGGGCUAUAGUUUUGUUACCACCAGCUUAUACUUUUCGUACAAAGUCUUAUGUUAGUUACCUAUCCAAUCCUUAUGAAAGUGGGGGUAGAUGUUCAACCUCUUACUGCCUUUUGAUGCAACUUUUGUUUGGUAACCCUAACAACUUUUAUUAUACAAUGUUAUGUGACCUUUUAUAGUUCUUUUUUCUAACAGAAUGCAUAAUACAGAGUUGGCUUGUAUCAAACAGAAAUAAAGGAGAUAAUCUUACUGCUAACAGCUA